CUACCGGAUGUAAAGGGUGGGUCUGCCUAAAGAGUAAUUUCUGUUUUGUUUUGUUUCAUUUCUGGCAUGUGAGACAAAUUCAACACUUCAGACUUAAUUAGAUUGUUUAACAUUAGCAGACCUGACAGAUCAAAUCACAUUAACUUCAUAGUGCUGCUGCAGAUUUGGAGGAAAGAAGGAUGUUUACUUUCUAAACAACCAAACAUUUCUCUCCCAUCAGGCUAAAGCUUCAAUCUUGAAGGUUUGGGUUUUCUCUUGGCAACAGCACAUGCCUCGGUGAAAUAAUGCAAGGUGAAUGGCCCUGAGGGAACCCGUCACAAACUUCACUUCAGCAAUCGGAGCUCAUCUGUGUGAAAAAGCAGAACCAUGCAGUGGAGACGGCGCCACUGCUGCACGCACACAGCCAAACUUCUGUAUCUCCUCUCACUGCUGGGCUUCCUCGUGUUCCUGGUCCACCGAUCCGGCAUCCCGUGGUGGAGAGGCUACCCUGUGGUGUACGGCGGUACUGUGCCUCACCUCGCCAGCAACAAAUGGAACGCCAGCGCCGCUCAUAGAGCCUGGAGGUUUGUGAUUGUCCCUCAGACUACUUUUAAGGCAGACGCCAACAUCAGCUCAUCGGAGAGGAAUGGCGUUUCUUUUCAUCGAGGCAACAUAAGCAUCGAAGGGAAGCUGACCGCCGACACCAGCCAGAGCCAUGGGGGAGUUCUUAAUGCUUCCCUGACCCACGGACCUUUCCCUUACAUCAUCAACAAGCCGCAGAAAUGCACAGAGAACCGACUACCCCCUUUUCUAGUGCUGUUGAUCUCCACCGAAGCUCGUCAGGUGGAAGCAAGGAACGCAAUCCGGCAAACUUGGGGGAACGAGAGCGUUUUCCCCUCUGUGGGGUUCAUCAGACUGUUUCUGCUGGGGAAAAAAGAGGGAGAGCUGGGACUCCUACAGCAGAGGAUGGUGGAGGCAGAGAGCCGGAGGCAUCAUGACAUCAUCCAGCAAGACUUCCUGGAUUCUUAUCAGAACCUGACCAUAAAGACCCUGAUGGGAAUGAACUGGGUGGCGAUGCACUGCCCAGAGGCGAGCUACGUCAUGAAAACCGACAGCGACAUGUUUGUCAACACAGAGUACCUCAUUUACAAGCUGCUCAGACCAGACCAGAAGCCCAGGAAGAACUACUUCACAGGUAACAACAUGAGAGGCUUUGCCCCCAACCGGAAUGAGAACAGCAAGUGGUACAUGCCCCCCGAGCUCUACCCAGGGGACAAGUAUCCCACCUUCUGCUCCGGGACCGGGUACGUCUUUUCCGGAGACCUGGCCGGGAAGAUCUACCGCACCUCCCUGAGGAUUCGCCGCCUGCACCUGGAGGACGUGUACGUGGGAAUCUGCCUGGCCGAGCUCCAAAUCGAGCCCACGCCCCCUCCCAACGGCUUCCUGUUCAACCACUGGCGGGUGUCGUACUCCAGCUGCAAGUACAGCCACCUGAUAACGUCGCACGGAUUCCAUCCGAACGAAUUGCUCAAGUACUGGCAUCACCUCCAGAGCAACAAACACAACGCCUGCAUCAACACGUUCAAAGACAGAGCGGGCAGAGCGCACUCCAGACUCCGAGACAAGCAGUUACUGAAACACUGACAAAACCAGCGGACUUCAGUAAAAAUACCACAUAUCUUUGG